GCGCGCAGCGUCGGGCCGAGCCCAGCCUGGAGCGAGUGAGUCAGGUAGGAGGCUAGCGGGCUGUGAACGCCCCUUCUUGCUCCGCUCCUCCCCUCUCGGUGGAAGAGAGAGAGAGAGAGAGAGAGAGAGAGAGAGAGAGAGAGAGAGAGAGAGACUGAGCCACCUCUCCGCCGCCUCUCUUUUCCCGCACAGAAAAUGUCCGGGCUGCAGAUCAACUUGGGACCCGUGAAGGAGCCGCUGGGCUUCAUCAAAGUCCUCGAGUGGGUGAGUCCUCGACGGCAGGGGGAUCGGAGAGCGGGGCUGGGCCAGUGGCCACAGAGGGGUAACGGUUUUUUGGGGUGGGGUGGGGGAGGUUGAUCACCGCGUUUCCUGGCAGGAUCUACCCUACCCACCCCCAACCCCCCCUGGGCAGGUAUUGGCUGCGAGCCCUGUUUGGCUCUCCCGCUGGAAUUUCUUCCUGCCUUCCUCCCUUCAUAAACACAGGCGUGGCCUCCGGCCUGUACUUUUCGAAGCUCGCUUAGAUUUGCAGGGGACUCGUGUAUUUCCAGCCCACCCCGCUCCAGGGAUCUAUUCUGGGCCGCUUCUAAACACACACACACACACACACCCUUGCAUAGUUGGUGCAGGGCGGGGACGUCUGUUGUGUUCUAUUUCCAAACAAACCAUGUGCUUCAGAGUGGGGAUCUGGUCAUGGGAGGGCUGGAGGGGGUUGGGAACGAGAGAUCACGCAUAAACUCACGCGGGCAGGUUAAUGUCGCCUUCCGGCUCUCAGCCGCUGCUGCAAAACCUGGACUCUUUCCUUCCGUGCGUCACGUUGGAAGGAGCAGCACGUGUGCCAAAAGUGACUUGUAGUUUUAUGCUCUGCAACGUAAUAAACUUUUAGCGGGAUUGCAGCGGGUGAAUUUCAGGGUGUGGAGGAGAUCCAGUCUCUCUAGGUCAGUGGACCGUGGAACUGUAGGAACUGGCCCACUCUCAUAAUGCAGGCUGAGGAUUAUUCUUGCUCAAAGGAGUUUUUACUCUGGGGGCAAAAGGGAACCCAAUGACUGUACUAGAGGCCGGUCUCUGUCAAGUCCCUUCAAGGAAGUGCUAUGCAGGACCUUAGCAUAUCCUUGUUGCAAAUCCUGGAGAGCUGCUGUCAAUCAGAGGAGACCACCCUGAACUAUCAGUUAAAAGGCAGUUUUCUAUGUUCCUAUAAGUAGGAAGGAACAGGUUGUGGCCUGAGAUGUUUUGGCGCUUGAGGCUCCCCACGCUGGGGAGGUGCUGCAUGUGAGCCUCUGUAAGCAGUGUUAGAAACUAAGAUGUGAAAGCUAGGAGCUAAAUGGCACCUUAAACCUAGGUUAUGGGUGCGACAACAGAAUGUCUAGGUGCACUUUUUAAAUAACGAAGAAUACAAAGCUGAAAAUGAAUGAACUGCACCUAAAAUAAUUAUUUUUCACAUGGUCUAGUCCUUCCCCUGCCCACCCAUAAUAUACUUAAGAGAGUCUUUUCUCCAGUCUUCAGAGAGUAGCUGGAAGUGGGGAGGCAGAAAAAGGUCCUCCUUUCCUUCCACUCUGCAGUUUUAAUUUGAAAAUUUAGGCGCAGAACUGCGCCUAGAGCUCAGAAACGGCUCACACUAAUGAAAUUCCAUGUUGCGAAAUGCACCUAGAACAGCGGGAGCUAUGCAGAACUAGAUAAAUUAACAGGAAGGAUUCGAAAUCUGCAGGACCAGAAAUUCACAGAAGACUGGUGUAAAUUUACAGACCACCAUAUUUUUCGCCCUAUAGGACGCACUUUCCCCCCUCCAAAAAUGAAGGGGAAAUGUGUGUGCAUCCUAUGGGGCGAAUGCAGGCUUUCGCUGAAGCCUGGAGAGCGGGACGGGUCGGUGCGCACCGACCCCGCUCGCUCUCCAGGCUUCAGGAAGCUCUCCCACGGCUUGCGGAGAGCUGCCUGCACCCCGAAGCCUGGGGCACGCUUAGCUCAGCGCGCCCGAGGCUUCGGGCUUCGCGCAGUUCUCCCACGGCUUGCGGAGAGCUUGCCUGCACCCAGAAGCUUGGGGUGCGCUGAGCUCAGCACUCCCCAGGCUUCGGGAUAGCAGCCUGUUCUGGGGUCGGGGGAAGCUCGGGCUUCCCCCGCCCCAGCCCCGCACCUGGGGGGGGGGGAAUAAUUUUUUUUCUUUAUUUCCCCCCCCAAAAACUAGGUGCGCCCUAUGGGGCGAAAAAUACGGUAUUUGAAAAGUAAUUGUGAUGAUCAGACUACGUUUGUAGGUUUGCAAGAAGUUUUGUGAGGUGAAUUAUUGGAACUAUUGCAAAAAUGGAUAAAUGGGAGGAUGGUUAGUUAAGAUAAUUAAAGGCAAUAUGAAUUUAAGAAAUGCAUAAGAAGUGGUUAAAACGGUGGAUCAUCAGAGGUGCUGAUGGAAGUCAAAAAAAAAAAGAUUGUAUAAGUGGUGAAGCUUUGUGGUACGUAUUAUAAUUUAUAUGUUAAAAUUAAUAAAAAUUAUUAUAUAUAAGAAAAGAACAGCGGGAGCGUCAAACACUGUUUCCCCUUACGAGCGGGGAUGGGGGGCAAACUCCACAAGGGUUUCUGGAAUACAGUGUUACCUUGGUUGUUGAAUUUAAUCCAUUCCGGGAUUCUGUUCGCCUCCCAAAACGGUUCGAAAACCAAGGCGUGGCUUCCGAUUGGCUGCAGGAGCUUACUGCACUCAAUCGGAAGUCGCGUUGGACGUUCGGCUUCCAAAAAACGUUCGCAAACUGGAACACCCACUUCCGGAUUUGCGGCGUUUGGGAGCUGACUUGUUCGGGAGCCAAGCCGUUUGAGAACCAAGGUUACCACUGUACCUCCCUCUCACCAAGACUGGGAGAGAAAGCAUCUACACAUUAAGGAAAGUGCACACGAUACUGUAUCUACAUAGGGUUCUUGGAUCACGAGAAGCACUCCACCACAGUUAUUUCACCUGUAUUCUGACAGGUACAGACUUGCAGAAUGUAGGUGUGGAGGGCAUGCUUGAAUGCUUCUCCAUGUGAAAACCAAUUCUCAUUUGUGCAUAGGAAACAAUUGUGUCAGUAACAAGGCUGGUCUGCAACUCGUCUUCCUGACACACCAUGGCUUUUCAUGGUUGAGGUUUUGUUUUGUUUUUAGACCCAAGGGAGUAUGCAAUCGUUCGUUUUCUCCUCCUUGCAUUUUGAGUGGUGCAGGCUUGCAUAAAUGGUGCUGCUGGCUAUUUUGAGCAUUUAUUUUCGAACAUAUGAAAAGCACUCCUGGUCAGGCCCAUGAAAGUGUGCAUAAAUAUCCAUUAAAGUAAAUUAAGAGAGAGAGAGAGAGAAACCCCCAAAUCACAAAGCAGCCCCCAAACCUCUUAGCCAUCUUGUAGGUCUUUGGCAAACCCAACAUCUGGAAUUUGCACAAUGGCUCUAUCCUUUGCUUUCUAUUUGGAGAUGCGGGAGUUGGAAAAACUUUGGACACUAAUGGGGAGGAGGGGGUUAUAUAGUUUUUCAUAGGAGUUUUUUCAGCAGAAACUCACAGGAACUAUUAAAAGACAACAAGGGAGGCGUUCAUGGUGAGUUCCGGCACCUCUUUUUCUAGAAAAAUAGUACUGAUUUUUCAUGACAUUGAUUACAGUGGUACCUCGGGUUACAUACGCUUCAGGUUACAGACACUUCAGGUUACAGACGCUUCAGGUUACAGACUCCGCUAACCCAGAAAUAUUACCUUGGGAUAAGAACUUUGCUUCAGGAUGAGAACAGAAAUCGUGCAGUGGCGGCGCAGCGGCAGCAGGAGACUCCAUUAGCUAAAGUGGUGCUUCAGGUUAAGAACAGUUUCAGGUUAAGAACAGACCUCCAGAACAAAUUAAGCUCUUAACCCGAUGUACCACUGUAUAGGCAUUUCCAGGGAUUCCCAAAGUUGUUAGAUAGAUUGUGAUCGCUUUGGGGUUGCAGUACAAAGGAGGAGAGAAAGGUUAUGAGUCUCUAGCUACUGUGGGCAGUUGCUUAAGCCUAGCAACAGCGUGCAUUUUUAUAUCUGAGGUUUAAAUUAGUAGGUGCAUGCCUUGUUUACAUGUGGUCUUAAGCCAAACCAUGGCUUAAGCAUGAAUGAGUGAGUGGACAGGUUGAGAGGAAAAAUCACAGCCACUUUACUCCUUCCCCAGUCCAUCUGAACCUCAUGGCUCAUGGUUUGUCUCACUCCAAACAAAGUAUAGUGGAACCUCGUGUUACGGACAGGAUCCAUUCCGGAGGCCUGUUCGUAACAUGGAACUGAUCUAAGCUGAAGCGCUGCGCCUGCGCGUGGCAUUAUUUAGUGCUUCUGCGCAUAUGCGAGUGGUGAAACCCAGAAGUAACCCGUACUUCCGGGUUGCUGUGGGACGCAAGACGAAAACAUGCAACCUGAAGCGGACGCAACAUGAGGUAUGACUGUAUGAGCUGUAGCCAAGGUGUGUUCUUGUGUUACUGCUCAUGGUUUGUCUGGGACAGACCAAGUCAUAAGCCAGGGUUUGGAUGUAACACUAUGCCAAACCAUGGCUUAGCUCUGAGUAAGCAUACCUGCAGCAGCUAACAGGAUUGGAGGAGGAGAAAAGUGGUUGUGCUUUUUCUCUUGGCCUGCGCAUUCAUGCUCAGCCAUGGUUUGGGUUGAGUGUUGCCUGCAAACGCACAAAAAUACAAACCUUAAGGCAUUAGUGCUGCAAGGAUAUUCUCAGCCUGGGAGUUACAUCUAUUGAACCCAAUGGGGAUAUUCUAAGUAAAUAUGUAUAGGAUUGUGUUGUAAGAUGUGUAGUUAAGCUUACAAAAUUCAUAAAUAUGCUGCUACGUUCACUUAUUAUUUGAUCUAUUAAAUCCACUUUAAAAAAAUAAAUAAACCACAUUAUCCCAUUAAGUUUUACUUGGAUGCAGCAACCAAUCUAUACCCCAUUCAUUUCUAAUAUACUGAAACAUGGUUCCUAAUAUGAGUGUACAUUAUUGAUGUGCUCUGCAACAGUGUAAGCUUAAUUCUCAAAUGUAUGUUUAUGCACCAAUUCAUUAAAAUUAAUUUUAAAAAAUACUUUGCAUAAAAAUGACCCGGGGGGGGGGAAAUAAUAUUAAAAAGGGAAAAAAGUUGGAGUUUCAAAUAGGGCUAUAAUGAGAGUACUGUAUGAAGUAUACCUUUGCUAGAAAGUACUUUCAGUUUCAGUCUCCUGUGAGAUGAGGUUGAAUUUUUCAUGUCCUAUGGAAACGCACAACAGUGUUUGCAUAGUGAGGUGGUGGGGAGGCAGAUCUAGAUCUACUCAUAGAUCUGAGUGAUUUUGCAAUAGUUUAGUCUAGAUUGCUGACUCCCAAUUGUUUAAGGACAGCAACACGGAAGAUUUUCCCUCUUACCAGUUAGCGGCCUGUUAGAAACCCUGAUCUUUUUAUAGGUAGGGAUUUUUAUAGGUAGGGAUGUUGGAUAAAUUUGAUUCAGUUUGCAUUUAAAGGCAAACAUACCUAAAUCACACCUUUAUGAAACAGUACAAGAACUGAAAUUCUCCAAGCGUUGCAGUGCAGUUCUCUAGCCAAGUAAUGGGUACAAAAAUGUAUAGACUGAGAUAAAGUGUACAUGGAAAUGCAUAUAUUAGCAAAAUUAACAUGCAAAAACCCAUCACAUUAGCGGAAAUUGCUUUGCAAUAAUGCGUGUGUUAAGCAAAAUUUCAUACAAAUGUGUGUAUAUUAGGAGAAAUUUACACUAAAAAUGCUGCUGCAUUUUCACGAGGUCUUUUUUUUUAAAAAAAAGAACAAGCUGGAAAUGCGAAGAAUUGAAGACUGGGGAAAAAAAGAAACUGGGAGAACCUGAAAUUGACAGAUUCAUGCAUCUCUAGUUGCAAAUUGGAUAUAGAUUUGCCCUUGCAUAUGCAAGCUAUUCUGGUUCAGCUGGCAGUUGGCUUUGCCUCGGGCCACCAUUUUGCAUCUGCCUCCACCCACCCUCCGUAGUAUUUUGCACCUGACUCCAGCUGGCAGACCUGAGGGAUCUAGCACAAAAACAACGUAGCUCCCGUGAGCCUAAAGCCCGCCCACCCAUUUUGUGAAUAAUUAGAGCUGAAGUCAGAUGUUGGGAAGUGUAUUAUAUGCUGCAAUCCAGUUGCUUUUAAUUUGGUUUGACCGCAGACACCUUACUCCUCUUGUGAGCCCUUAACAGAGGGUCGCGAGGCAGGGGACGGGGGAGAAGCCAGAGGGUAUUUGAAACUCUACGGGUAUGCAUUGUGCAGCCUAUUGACAAAGUCUGGACAUUUAUUUCUGGCACAAAUGUGGCCCAAUGGCCUAUCAGCUGUGACAGCCUGUCUGGAGUAGCCAAGGAUGCCCUCCUAGUCCAGAAGGCAGGGCCACCCCUACCGUUAGGUAGAGGGAGGCAGUUGCCUCAGGCAACAGAUGUGGAGAGCACUGGCAAGUUUUUGAGAUGGCUGCAUACCCUCCAAAUGUCCUGAUUUUCCAGGAACAGUCCCGGAAUUACGAAAGCCAUCACAGCUUCUAAUUUAUCCCGGAAUGUCCCUGUUUCCCUUGCCAGUGCUGCCACUGCUGAGCUCAGGGAGGAGGAUGAGGCGGCGUUUGUCCUGAGUGACGGUGGCUGCGAGGGAGCAUCCUGUGGCCUCUCUGUGGCCUCUCCAUGGCUGCUGCUGCCGCUGUCCUCCUUCCUUGGGCAGUUCGUAGCAGUUGCUGGAAAGGGUUGGGAGGGGAGUAAGAAAUGACCCUAUUUUCAUCUGAGGAAUGUUGGAGGGCGUGCAUUUGUGCGUUCCACAUGGCCUCCUCAUCUAGCCUGUCUCCUUGCAAGUGCUGAACUAAGAUUCAGCUGCCAGCCCAGUCAGCUUCUGUUCAUGAAAUGAAGGGAGCGUGCCGUCUUAGCCUUUGCCACAGACAGCAAAUUAUCUUGCGCCAGCUCUGGUGCAAAAAUAUCCCAAGUACCCUGAGAGAUCAAGAGAGCUAGUAGCGAUCAGAAAGGGGGAGGCAACGACAUUUUUCAAGCCGCAACAUGUUUGUUUUAAUAGUACGAAUUCUUUGAUACAUGCUUAGGUAGGCAGAACGAAAUGUUGAAUUAAUGGGUUUUCCCGCCUUCCUUUUUGUUGAAAGUCACCCACUCUAUAGCCUGUUUUCCCUCUCUGGUUGCUGGAGCAAUGGCGACGGUUUAUUCCAAAAUCCUCGUCUUUCCUUUUCAAAGACUUAUGGGGUAUGCCGGAACAUUAGAGCGUGCAAGAUGUUUUAAGUGCCUGGAAAUGUAACAUACAAACAAAUUAAUUCUUCCAGAUGUGCAGAUGGGGCGUUCGAGGUCAACAUCUGGUAAAACCGGCAAGAACUUUAUUAAGAAAAGGACAGCAUAAAUAGAAAGGAAUAAGACUGUUACUAGGUUAGAGGACUAUUGGGGUGUUUCUGGUUGAAUCAUUGGCAUGCAUGGAAAGGCCUACACUCCCUCAGUUUAAAUUACGAGUUCCCAAGCUCCUCCGGCCCCACAGUGACCAUUUGAAUAUUGUUGCAGGCCUUGGUUGAACCGCUUAAUAAUGUUUCUGCCUGUUACAACAAUUGUAAAGGGCUGUGCCUAGAUGCUGAAUGAUUUUUUAAUUUUUAUUGUUUCUCUUAUUUCUCAUGCGGCAUUACAAUUUGAAUUCCAUAUAAUUAAUUGUAUAAAACAUUCCUCUUCAACCAGGCCUCUGGCUGAUUAAUAUUCUGAAUAUUAUUCUACAGCCUUUUAAAUGUGUCUGGGAAGGGUGUGUGUGUUAUUGUUUUGCUGUUUUGUUUUAGCUUUUGUGUGUGUUGAAAGAAACGGAAUGGUUGCAUCUAAGCAGCUUGUCUUUUUAAAAAAAGCCUGACGUGUACUUUGUACGUUUGGUGGUGUAACUUUGCAAGCAAUUUUAACAGCUGUAAAAUGGACUUUUAACACGUCUCCUGAGACUCUCCUCUUGAUCGUUCUGAAGAUGCCACACCCAGGAAAGUAAAGAGAAUCAGGGCAUCUCAUCUCCCAACUUUCAUUUGCUGUUUGUGUGGUCUGAACUUCAGGACAGAAGGUAGCAGGGAUACCUGCAUGUUCUCCAUGUUCUCCCCUCAAGGAAUUACACUGCUGGGGAAUUAAAAGUCUCAUUUCUGCAGCAUAGUAGUAUUUUGUGCUCAACUUUUCUGGAAGAGCUGUAGCCAGGGGAGCUCCCUAUUGCCAAAAGCAUCUAAAACAGCCUUUGCCAACGUGGCGCCCUCUGGAUAAUUUGACAUGCAAUUCCUAUCAGCCUCAGCUAGCACAGCCGUGUUGCCUGUGGCUGAUGGAGAGAGGCAGGGCUCUUCCAGGCAGCUUACUUAUUGAGCGUUCUUCCGAAUCUUGCUUGCACAGAGCUUACAUGGCGGUUAGAAAACGUCUGGUGUUGACUGAGUAUUUGCUCCGAUUUGUUUGCCAGGCAGUGAGAAUUCCUCGUAUUUUGUUUGCAGGGUGUUUACAUAGAGCAUGGGUAGGCAAACUAAGGCCCGGGGGCCGGAUCUGGCCCAAUUGCCUUCUAAAUCUGGCCCGCGGACGAUCCUGGAAUCAGCGUGUUUUUACAUGAGUAGAAUGUGUCCUUUUAGUUAAAAUGCAUCUCUGGGCUAUUUGUGGGGCCUGCCUGGUGUUUUUACAUGAAAAGGAAUUCGUUUCCCCCCCAAAAAAUAUAGUCCGCCGUCCGCCCCACAAGGUCUGAGGGACAGUGGACCGGCCCCCUGCUAAAAAAGUUUGCUGACCCCUGACAUAGAGUGAUCAUCUAGUCCAACCUGAAUUUGCAGCUGUCCUGUACGGGGAUCAAACCUGCAACCUUGGCGUUAUCAGCACCACGCUCUAACAUGCCUCCCUAUUAAUCAUUUAUCCCACACUUCUCAGUGCAUUCCACCCUUACUUUCUAAACUGGAAAAAGUACAGGUGGUGGUGGUGGUGGUUGUUGUUGUUGAUGAUGAUGAUGAUUUGUUGCACAAGGCACCAGCACGUUAAUCCACUUUGGAAGCCUAAAGUUCUGGUAUACGCUAGAAUCUGACAGUCUGGGGGUGCCCAUAGUCCUAAACAUCUGGAGGGCACCAGGUUGAUGAAGGCUGAUCAAAAAUAAUGUAGACCUCUGAGAAAUUCAGCAUGUUUCCCAUAGCUAUAAAGGUGUAGGCGGAAAUAUUUAUGCUGGUGUUUUAAAAAGGGGAUUCUUGACUAUAGGAAUCUGAAGUGCUUCCUGCCCCUGCCCCCCAUUCUGACUGAGACUCCUGUUUCUCCACAAGUAGCCAUAUUGAGGCUUAAGCUUCACGAUGAGGUAACUAUUUUGUUAGAACAGGAGGUGGCCACGAGAGAGGAACCGGAAACUGGAUAUUCUCCGUUAAGAAUAAUUUCCUGCAGCAUAGGAAAUGUACCGUUUAAUGCUUUGUGUUGGAAACUGUAUGAUCUUGGUGUUUUAAUUUGUUUUACGGCAUCUUUGACCAUACAGUAAAAUUUGCAAGAAUGUGUACACACCGUGCGUUCAAAACACAUUGCCAAAGAAUGCUGGGAACUCUAGCUUGUUAAGCGUGCUGGGAAUUGUAGCUCCAUGAGAAGUAAACUACACUUUGCGUAAUUUUUGUGGGGCGUAUGCUUUAAAUAUAUCGUGUGUACACAGCUUCGGAGACGUGGUGAAUAAGAUGGUUGCAAGAAUUCCUUCCAGAUGUUAUUGGAGAACGGUUAACAGAUAGAGCAGACAGAUUUCUCAAGGCUUCUCUCUCUCAAAUGAAAGCUGAUAUUCUUGGGAUUCCACAUAGAAUUCCAAGCAUACCAAAAAGAGGAAUGGAAACAGUCCCAAUUAUAUCAGGUGUAGGGACUGAAUCAGCUUUGAGUUAUGAAUGAAGGGUUUCAGGCACCAGAGUAAGAGCCACACCAUUGGUGGGGGUAUCAUUUGGUAGCAGGGACGUGGGCUCUUUGGGACUGAGGGGUCUUGUCUCCCCCAAUAUCUCUUGGGGGGGCCUGGACCCCUUCAGUGCAUGGAUUUAGCCAGGAUUUUUGUUAGUGGGGAGCAGGCCUUUUGUUGGGGGGGGCAGAACCUCCGCUACCGUAUUUUUCGCUCUAUAAGACACACUUUUCCCCUCCUAAAAAGUAAGGGGGAAUGUGUGUGCGUCUUAUGGAGUGAAUGCAGGCGGGAGGCUCUGCUCAGCGCUCCCUUUAAAGAGCCAUGUGGAGUGUGCGUGCGGCUCUUGGGGGCUUUUUCCCGAGGAGGGAGAAGGGCAGCCCGUCGCUGAUGAAAAGCCUGCAAGCGCCGCACGUGCGCUCCACGCAGCUCGUGAAAGGGAGCGCUGAGCAGAGCCUGGGAUGCAUACAGGCUCUGCUCAGCGCUCCCUUUAAACAAUAUUAGGGGGAGUAGCUGCCCCUUCUUGCCCCCCCCCCCGGCUAUGCUCAUGCCUCAGUAUUGUGAGGGCAAGGAGGCUGAGCGCAGAACCAAGUAUAGCACGGCUUGAAUGACUGGCUCCUCCUGAGUGUGAGAGAGGAGGAGCUGCGGGCCAUUGAAGCCUUGCUAGGCCUCCUCAUGACAAUCCUCAGUCGUUAAAAUUCUUGAGGAUUUAAACAAAUUCUUAAGCUGAUCGGAUGGUGUGAAGGUACGCAAAAAACCCACUUAGUCCCAAGAUAAAAGCAUUUACAGGAAUAAAUGUACAGAUGGGGGAUAGGGUAAAAUUUACAAGAUCAGAACUAAAUUUACCAGGUGAGGCCUACAGUAAAUUUCGAAGUGUCCCUUUCCAGGAUACUGUAUUGCAUUCUCAUCCCCCCUUGUUUUCUGUCAUCAUCCUCGUCCAAUAUUAGCCUGUGUUCUGUGCCCAUUGAAAAUGCUCAAGUCUUCACUAUGUUGCUUUGGGGUUUCCUUUCCCCUGUUAGGUUUCCAACCUGCCUGGAAAUAUUUUUAUGUCAACAAACCUUGGGUUUCUCCUAGGCCUGUUGGAUGGUUCUCUCUUGUGUAUGUAUGAAUGGUACAGUCAAACCUCGGUUGUCGAACGUAAUCCGUUCCGGAAGACUGUUUGACUUCUGAAAUGUUGGACAACCGAGGCGUGGCUUCCAGUUGGUUGCAAGAGCUUCUUGCACUCAAGUAGAAGCCGCAUCAGACUUUCGGGUUCCGAAAAACGUUCGAAAAACAGAGCAUUUACUUCUGGGUUUUCAGCGUUCAGGAGCCAAAAUGUACGAUAACGGAGGUGUUUGGGAACCGAGGUUUGACUGUACCAUUUUGGCUGCAAGGAUGAGCAGUGGGAGAGUCGAAUUCACUAUGGGUACAUCAGGGCUGGGGAAUCUGUGACUCUGUAGAUGUUGCUUGACACCCAAGUCCCAUUAUCCUUGUCCAUAUAGGUCAUGCUGACUGGGGCUAAUGGGUGUUGGAGUCUAAUAACAUCCUGGAGGGCCACAGGUUGAAGAGCCCCUGGUAUAUGUGAUGGGAGUACCAAAAAUAUCCUGCUUAUUGGAAUGCUGAACAUAAAGGCAACAUGUAAACAGCAACAUUUGGGGCACCAAAUAUGAAAUAAGCAGGGCAGCACAGAUCUGGCCAAUUUAAUUUGCUGCCUGCGUUGCUGGAUCUGGGCUCUGCAAACAUAGGCUGUCAUUUUUGUGUCUCUGCUGUUUUUGAUAUAGGCUAGGCUGGUGGUGUUCUUCAUAAAUGCCAUUUCCAUGCUUCUAGUAAUACUACUGACAUUGGGUAAUAAAUCUAUUGCGUUGAGGAGGAAGUACAUGGUGACAUGGGGAAAUGAAUUGACUCUUUCACUGCUGCCUGCAUAAAAAGUGAGAUAUGGGGCAAUAUAUCACCCCAAGGCCGGAAAUGGUUGCAAGGCAGUUCCAUUGAACCUGGUCUAUUGAAUCCACAGUUUCCCCAGGGCAUUAAGUGCAUUCUGAUGACUGCCAGUUAAGAUUUCAAAACAGAAACCCUCCUUUUUUGCAGAAGAUUUAUACAAUGAAUUCAGCCUUUUUCAACAAAACCCCUCCCCCAAUUUUUAAAACUGGAAAUAGCUUAUUUUCAAGCUAGCAUGUGGCUGAUAGCAAUCAGCCAAUCUAGGGCCAUCACUUUCUAUCCCAAGUGACACUGAAUAUUUAUACAAAUCACGAUGCAUGGGAAAACGUGUUUUUUGCCGUUGCUUGCUAUUGUGAUUUGUCGCCCCAUGCAGGUGGCAGGGGAGAGCUGAGCCGACUGAGUUAACAGCUGGUGAUAUAUCAGGAUGUUGAAAACCAGAUAUAGCCCAGCCUUAAUCUCAAGGGUUUCAGGGAGGAGUCUUUGCCUCGACGUGCCAGGGAUUGUUCAAUAAAAGUGGCAUUGGACAGGUCAAGUAGAGAUGGGCAUUGCAGAUAAGACACAACUUUAUAUCCAGUAUUAAUCAUAACUCAGAGCAGACCUAUUGAAAUUAAUGGACACGACGAACACAGGGACAUUAUUUUCAUUAGGUGUGUUCUGUGACUAGAACUCGGUUGAUAACUCAGUUUAUCUUUAGAUAAAACAUCUUCAGAUAAAAGCCAGAUGGAAUGAAGAGAUCUUUCCUGAAUGACAACUCAGGAGGGGUCGCUUGAACCUCAUGUUCCACAAUUUGGGUGCCACCACUGAGAAGGCCCUGAUGACCAUGCUUUCAGUGUAUAUGGGAUACAGAGAAGGUCUCUUCACUAGCGCUUAGGGAGUUGGUAGACUGAUGCAGGAGGAGGUGGUCCGUUAGGUAUGGACCCAAGCCACUUAGGGCUUAAAAGGUAUUUCCUAACAUUUUUAAAUUGUGCCCAGAAACUGAUAGCCAGAGGAGCUACUGCAAGAUCAGUGUAAUGUGAGUCAGUGCCCGCUUACUUACUUGCUGCAUUCUGGGAUAAAUGGAAGUUCCCAAAGGAACUUCAUAAUUAGUCCCAUGUAGAUUGUGUUGCUAUAAGGUAGUCUAGACCAGCCUUUCUUAACCUUGGCUCCCCAGUUGUUGUUGGACUACAACUCCCAUUAUCCCUGACCACUGGUCCUGCUAGGUAGGGAUGAUGGGAGUUGUAGUUCAACAACAGGUGGAGGAGACCCAAGGUUGGGAAAAGCUCGUCUUAGGCUACUGUAAGUUGUGUGUUAAAUAAACUGGUGGAGAAGGACAGUUUACCUUCACCAAAGCAAGUGUAUGCUAAGAUUACAGGAAGGCCGAUCCUGUGUAACAACCUAGGACUAUAAAAUUUGCGGUUUAUACAAUAAGAGCUGGCAUUUCUAGGAGGCUAAUUACCACACUUCCGUGGUACAGCUGCCCACGGUUGCUUUCCAGGAUAUUCUCUGCUUGCUUCACCUAGCAGGCCACAGACUGGGUCAACCCAGUUGGCGCAGUUCAUGUGAAACUUGUGUGGCACAAAAAAUAUAUAUAUGUGUCUCUGCAAGCAGGAUCAUGGCAGGCUCAGAGCCUCUUGAAUGAGAAAGGAAGCUUGAUUUCUGCAAGGUUAGACCUUUCUUUCAAACUGGUGGGUUGUAGAGGCAAAGAGAGGUUCCCUGGAGGUCCCAUCCCCAAAGCCUGGGAGCUGUUGUUUGUGAAUGGUGAGGUGUAAACUACAGUUCCCAGGAUUCUUUGGGAGAAGCCAUGACUGUUAAAGUGGUAUCCAUGUGCUUUGAAUGUAGGGUACGGAUAUGACCCCAAACUCUUUCACUGUUAGCCAUCAGAUUCUCGAAUCAGUGAAUCUGGUGUUGCAGACCCAGAAGAUUAGCCCCUUUUCUUUUCUUUUUUUAAACAAGCUGUCAAGACUUUUCUCUUCUCAGAAGCCCUUUUAUGAGUAAGAUAUUGUCUUAAUGCCAGCUGCUUUUCCAUCGGCCCCGUUAACAGUGUUUCAUUGUUGUUGUUUUAUUAGUCCUUUCUGGACUUUAUCUUUCAACCAGCAAUUGAGAACACUUUAUUUGCUAUAAAUUUGUCAAAUAAAAGUGUUAAGAUUCUUGAAACGGUAGAAUGCGUUGUACCAUUUCAGACUGCAAGUGGGGAAUCAUCUUUCUGAAUUCUUAAAAAAUAAAGUUGUUGUUUUUUUAAAUCCUCCCUUCAAGUUCGAUAGCGUUAAUAUUAAGAGUCUGGAAUGGGCUGGUGCCUUUCUUUCUGAUCAGCCAGAAGAAUCUAUUGUAGUUUUUAAGAUAAAAUAAAUCUGAAGAGUGUUAAGAAUUGUCUCCCCCUGCUUGGAGUACACAGUAGUGCCCCAAGCGUCUAUCUACCUUAGUUGGGUAAUCUGCAGCCCUGCAGAUGUUGCUGGACUUCAACUCCCAUCAGCCCCAGCUGAUUUAGAAUGAUCUGCAACUUUAGGUGCCUUAUAAAUUAACAGUCACAACAAUUAUAAUUACGUUGAUAAUCCGGCAGAAGGGUGGCAAAGCUUCUUGAGCCCAAUAGCAUCACAGAGAGGCAGUGGAUCCAAACGGAGGGGAACAAACAGGCUCCCAGAAGGUCCACAAUUUAAGAUCACCCAUUAGUGAUCACCCUGUCAGAGCACAGGAACUUUUUAUGAUGUAAAAGGGCCCCCAGAAAGCGUGCAUUCCCUCCUCCAUGAUGUACAUGCCUAUGCGCCCGAAAACUGCACUAACACGUACAUUUGCUUUUGUCUUGGUUCUUCGCAGAUUUUUGCCAUCUUUGCAUUUGCCACCUGUGGCGGUUACAGUGGAAAAACCUCCCUUAUCCUCAACUGCAACAAUGGCACAAACGCUUCUCUUCAAGCCAACUUUGCGUAUCCUUUCAGGUAAGAGCAUCUAUCCCUUUGAGGAACGCUGCCACUUGUGGCACAAAGAGAGAGGCCCUUCUAAUUGUCCACGCAACAAACACGUCUCUCUCCAAAGAGCUGCCCUAGACUUGGGGAAUGUCGUGUGUGUGGACAGGAAUGGCUGGUUCCAGGUUUGAGGAGGCUGUGGGCAAGGUGCCUUUCGAAGCUGGGACCUGUCGUUGAGACCUUCAGAGCUUACUUCACCGUGAGAGGCAAUGCCAGCCUUGUUGCUGAGCAGAAUGAGGUGGCUUGUGGGGUUUUCUGCCUCAGGCGCCAAAAUAACUUGACUGGCUUUGGGCAAUGGGGCAGGAAAGGUGGCACCAUUUGCUGAUCUGCCUCGGGCAGCAAAAUGCCUUUCGCUGACCUUGAUGGGAGACCACAGCGGUUCUUACAGCAGCGCAGCAACGACAGCUGGGUCUGGCUGCCAUUUCAGUUUCCCACAAUCCCCCGGAGUUGCAUCAUGGAGGGCCAUCUUGGGAAAGUCAAAUGGCAGUGAUUAUUCUGGUGUCCGAUGUUGCUUGGAGCCCUGGGUCAGAAAGAAGAGGUCCCAAUCCAGCAGCAAGGUGGGCCCUGAGGGCGAGGGAGGGCGAGUAACCACCAUACAACAUUUUAGACCAUAUAACAUCAUUCCUGAGCACCCACAUCUCUGGUUAAUAUGUGGUGUUAAAAGGUGUUCAGUACUUUAUUGGCCUGCAGCCUUGCGUUUGUUUCUUUGAAGUGUAUGGUAUUGUUUUGACAGCUGUAAUCCUUUUCCUCUUUACGUGUUUUAACAUUAUUAAAUUAAUUUUAAAAACCCAACAUUAGCUACUACAGAAGCUCUUAUACUUUUUUUUUUUUUCAACUAAGGCUGCAAUCCUAUGGCAGAGCCCUAUGAUGAAUUGAAUUGGUUCCUCCCUCCCACCCCUGUUUACCUUAAUAUUAGUUUGGCCACCUACCCACCAAGUGAAGCAAGGCUCUUUGCUACCUAUGCAACGUCCUCCUUCCUCUGAGAAAUGCCAGGGGGAUCUUCUUCAGAGUGAGAGCUUCUGGGCAAGAUGGUUUUAAACUUAAAGAGUUUUUAAAGUUGCUAUGGUUUUCUAAGUUGAUGGAAAGAACAAUUGUCAGCUACGAAGCGCAAGCUGAAAUGCUGCAUGGGGGUUGAUUUUGCAUUUCCCCCUGUUUGGUUGGGAUUCUUGUGACUGGAGAAUUGAGCUUCAGCAUUCUCUCUCUCUCUCUCUCUCCGGAACUCAAGGUUGCACCAGUCUUCGUUUGACAUUCCUUCAAGCAAGCAGUGUUACAGCAUCUGGAACAAUACUUACUACCUGGUGGGAGACUUCGCCUCUCCCGCUCAAUUUUUUGUCACUUUUGCAGUCUUCGUGUUCCUGUACUGCAUGGCUGCCUUGGUGCUCUACGUGGGUUACUUGCACUUGUAUCGGGGCACUGGUAAACUCCCCAUGAUUGUAAGUUGGCAACGCCUUGCUUCCCCAUAAUUUAUAGGACUCAAUAAGGAUAUGUGUGCUGCCUAUCAGAGUCUACUUGAUACAUUGAGUGUACUUGAUUUGUGUGUUCCAUGCUCCAAGAGAGAGCUGUAAAUGGGCUGCUAUGUCUAGAACCAGUGCUUUUAAAAAAAAUGUUUAGGGGUACUCUCAUUUUCACUCAAGAAAAUCACAAUUUUAUUGUUCAAAUUGGGGAAAAUAAAUACAGUAAAUGGACAAAAGUAGAAAGAGUCCCAAAAUGUUUAGGGGUAUGUGUACCCCUGCGUCCCUCCAGAAAAAAGCACUGUCUGGAACAAUCCAACCACCACAAAAAUAUAUAUAUUUAAAUUGGUGAUUCCUAUUCUUAAUAUCAUUACAUUCAGAUUGUCACUUGUUUGUGGACCAUUUCUGUUAGUAGUAGAUGGUGGUGGAACCGGCGACCCUCAAAGGGUUGUUGGACUCCAUCUCCCAUCAGCCCCAGUCAACAUAGCUGGUUCUGCACAGCUUUGGAGAUUGUUCUGUGUUCUUCUUGGUUACUAACUGGAUAUUUUACCAAACGAAACACUUUUAAAUCCUUAUUUUAAAAAGUGUUAGGAAGUGGAUUGUUUUGGAAGAUAGGAAUUCUCUUUAAAACCCUAGAGAUCUCUCAAAAGUUAACUUUUGAUUAAAUUAAAGCUAUUUUAAUACACAACAUAUGGGCAUUUUGUACUUUUUAAUAUGCCUUUCCUGGGUGUGAAGCAUCCAGGGCCCAUACCUGACCUCUGGAUGUAUUCGAGAGGUUACCCUUGAAGCUGGGCAGGUGUGGUGCACUCCAGAUGUUCUAACUACGAUACAAUGAUUCUUUCUUCCUAUUCUCCUUGCCGCUGGGAUUGCAGGAGCUCUGGUGAGUGUGGCAUUCCUUUCGCAUGUUGAGUUGCAUUCUGAACACCAAGACAGGGCCCACUCCAGCUUACCAGCCUUCUUCUUUACGGGGUUUCUUAAGCACAGAAACAUUAAGGCCUAUUCCUCAGUGGCAGGGCAGGUGCUCAACAUGUACAAGGUCCGAGGUACAGUCUUUAGACCUCUCCAGUUAAAGGGAGCAAUGGGGAAGGGCCUUAGAGCAUUGGUAGGGCAUCGGCUUUGCAUGAAGAAGGCCCCAAAUUCCAUCCUUGGCAUCUCCACAUAGAGUUGCAAGCAAUCCACAUGUUCAGCUGCUGUGUCACUGAGCAAUAAUAAAGGUGUAUGUGUGGAUCAGCCCUGGGUAGCCCUUAGCAGCGACCUGGUUUGGUGACCAGUUGUGUGCAUCUUCCACCGUCCCCUCCAGAACAGACAGCUAACAACUUUUGUAAAAAAACAAACCCCAAAACCCAGAAGCUUUUCUUUUGGGAAUUAUAGGGACAGAACUACCAAAAUUGUAUAGAAAUUGGGAAUUAUAGGGACAGAACUACCAAAAUUGUAUAGAAAUUUAUGUAUGCUGCUAUAGCAGCAAGAAUGUUACUUGCCCCAAAGUGGGAAGAAGCAGGUGUCCCAGUAAAGGAAGAAUGGAUACUAAAACUUAUGGAAUAUGCAGAAAUGGCGAAACCUACCGGAAGAAUUAAGAAAUCAGGAUAACAAACGUUUUAUAUAAAAGAAUGGAAAUGGUUUAUUGAAUAUUUACAGAUAAAUUGCAAACAGAUAAAAACAUUAGCAGGAUUAUUGUAAUAACCUGCAGUUUCAUAAGAGUAUAUAUCUAAAGUAGAUGAUUAAAUGAAUCCAAAUUAAAUGAAUUUGGAUAUGCAGAAGAUAUUUUUAAAAAAUAAAUUUAAGGAACCGCAGAAAGAGGGAGAAGGAAGUCAAACUUUGAAAUGUUAAAUUGACUGUAAAACUAAUGAAAUGUAUAAACUGGAAAAGUAUAAAUAAAAACUUUUAAAGAAAAGGAAAGAAAAGAACGCUAAGGGUGCCUGUCUUUUCUCCUGAUGCAGGACUUUGUUAUCACAGUAGUCGUCUCUUUCCUGUGGUUGGUGAGCACAUCAGCCUGGGCUAAGGCCCUCACAGACAUCAAAACAUCCACCGGACACAGCAUAACUGAACUUGAACCUUGCUUGAGCAACACCAAUCGAUGUCAAUUCAAUGACAUCAGAAGCUUGGGUUCCUUGAAUGUCUCUGUGGUAUGUAUGCAUUACUAGAUGCUGGGGCUACAAGCAACCAGAAAUAGCCACGAUCCUCAUGUAUUCUUUCUUCGAGAGUUGUCCCAGGAGACAGAAUACUGGUCUAGUUUGGGGAUAGCUAACAUGGCGACCUCCUGAUGUUACUGGGCUACGGCUUCCAUCACCCUUGACUGUUGGCCAUGCUGGCUGGGACCACUGAAUAUUGUGGUCCCACAAGCAUCUUUAGGGCACCACAUAAGCUGUCCCUGGUCUUGAGGAACCAGCAAGGCAAUUGUGCUUCACAUAAUUUCUUCAGAGCAUGUAGAAGGACCAUAGCUCAGUGAUAGAGCCUCUGCUUUAGGUGCGGAAGGUCGCAGGUUCAAUCCUUGGCAUCUCAACCUUUUGGCUAAGACACUAGAGUGUAGGCUGGCUAUUCUCUGAAUUCAACAUUCACUAACAGGGUUUUAACCUUGACCUACCACUCGUCCAUCCUGGAAGGAUUUGCAUGCCAUAUUAUAUGCUUCUUCCUGUUGCAGCCUGCUGAAAACACUUCUGUGCACACCCAAAUCCCUCAGGGGCGAUAUAUGCUGCCGUACUUCCUGUAGAUUGAUUUGGAAUCAAACAUCCUCAAAUAAAAAAAUAUUAAUCCCAGUUCAUCAGUUUGGAUUCAUACACAGCUCUUCAGAGCAAGAUGUGUUUGGACCGGUCAAUUUUCAUAUUCCGAACUUUCGUGACUCUGUUUUUUUAGGGUUUUGAGGUCUUGGUGACAAUAGCUUUGAAGUUGGAGGAGGUUCUCGUUUAAUAUGAUACAGUAAAAUGCUUUUCCUGAACACUCUGGGUUAAACGGCAUAGUCUGCUUUGUCACAGAAAUAUUUUCCCCUGAAGGUAAAAAAAGAAAAAGAAAACAGCUGCAGGAAGCUGCAGUUUCAAUCGGAAGUAUCUGGGUAGAUUAGGUGCCCCCCCCCCCCCCGUUUCUGUGAAUCGUACAGUUUUUCUUAUCAAGAGUACCUUUACCUCUUCCGCUGCAGGACAAAAAGCUCAAGGGAGACUUAAUUUUUUAAAAUAAGAAAACUGGCCCAAGAGGAAAGAGAUAAUUGCGUCCUGCCCCGAGGCAAACACCCAGUCCGGAUAGCAACUUCCUGCACCUCUUUGGGGUUAAAACAACAUUCCUUGGGGGAAAUGUUUUCUUCUGACCUUGAGUGGUUAACAGCUAAAACAGGGACAGCUAAUGUGGAGCCCUCCAUGGGUUGUUGGACUACAGCUCCCAUCAUUCCCAGCCAGCAUGGCCCAGUGGUCAGGGAUCAUGGGAGUUGUAGUCCUCAUGGGAGUGAUGGGGAGGAAGGGACUGGAGCAGGUCUGUUCUGGGAUUCUAACACUUCAUGAUUUUCUCCCCGGAAUUCAUGUCGGAAAUGCAAAUUGUGGGAUGCAGCUGGUAGGAUCAGGCAGGUGCACUAGUUUCUUCUUAGGCCAAAACCUCCAUCUCUUUUCCCCUUUUCUUGCUCCUAGGUCAUUGGUUUCCUCAACCUGAUCCUCUGGGCAGGGAACGCUUGGUUUGUCUACAAGGAAACCAACUUGCAUAACCCUCCGGCUGCCGCUCCUCCGACCCCAGGCAACCCCCCACCUCAUUCGGGGAUGUAAGGAGCAUGGAGAGCCAUCCGCUAUGGGGCGCAACCUCUUGCUGGCAGGAUGGUCGUGGCAGCAGGUUGUUGUUGUUUUCUAAACCCCCCUCCUGAUAAUGCAAUUGAUGUGUGAAAAAUGGAUGGGUUUCUUUUGUUGUUGUUGUUGUUCUAAAACUUCUGUCUAAAAGGAAAGAAUGGAGAUCUCUGCUCAGCCCCAUGUGCAUCCAAACAGAUCAUGCUACUGUACUGAAGCUUAUUCUGUGCAUUGAAAAUAAGGACACAAGUUUCUUGAUUUAAAGCCUAGGAGAGUUUAGCUGUACAGUUUUCCAAGGGCUGCGCAGGUCAACGCACGCUGUGUGCACUGAGUUGUGCUGCUCAGUGUAAGCUGCAGCCUGAUCCUGUAUAUGUUUACUCAAAAGGCAGUCCUGUUGAGAUCAGUGGGGCUUACAUCUAGGCAAGUAUGCUUAGGAUUGCAGCCUUGGCCUCACCCAAGCACACACGCACACAUAUGUACAUGCUUGGGUGAGACCAAGGCUCACAUAUAUAUAUGUAUAUAUGCCUUUGGCUGCCUUGCAGAUAGGAAUUGUACAUAACACUCAAGAGAUGUACAUUGUUCUUAGGUUACACUGCUGUCCUUCUGUAGCAGGAAGAGUCUAGGCGACUGCCUGGGACAGUGUCUGUAUGUGAAACUCCUGUCACCAAACUUUAGAUCUGUAACUCUAGGAAUGGAAGAGAGCAGGGCUGGGGAACCUGUGGACCUUGAUCUCUAGCUUGAUCACAACCACCUUUCAACCUUAACCAUUGACCAUGCUGGCUGGGACUGCUGGAAGUUGGCAUUCAACAGAAUCUGGAAAGCCACAGGCUUCCCACACACGUAGAGAGACAAAAAGCAUUUCUCUGCACAUGGUCUAUAUAAACCAGAAUACGCAAGAGUUGUUGAUAGGAGCUCUGCACAAAAUAAUGGCAUCUGAAGCCGGCUCCAGAAACUUGAACGGAACCCAAACCUUUAAACCAAUGUUGAAUUUCUAGCCCUUGCAGGUGGUAAGAAAAUGUGAGGCUUCAUUUAGGAUAAUAAUCAGCCUCUCUCCCUGACUCCACACCUCUUUUGCCUUAAUCCAGGCUUCGUCUAGUGCUUCGCAAACCAACUGAACUCUGAAUUUUGAAUUUCUUUUUAAAACAACCAAAGAAACCACGCUUGCUGCAAAUUAUUACACAGUGGCAUGUAAAAGUAGAGCAACUACUAGUAGAGCUUGCAAAUUCUCAUUAUCUGGUUAAUUCCCCUACACCCUCAGUUUAGGUUUUGUGAUUACAGAAUUCAAAAGCUAUCAUGCUUUUAGCGUAGCAUUCUGGAACUCCUGGCCAAACUCAGCUAAAAAGCUGCAAGUAGUUUGUCUUUCUGUGCCUGUAGAAUUCUGCACACUUUGGAUUCCUAAGGAUCUUAGUUUUUAUUACUUCAAAUUACUUUAAAAAUGCAAGGUUCUAGCUGUCAUGGUUACAGAUGCCAAAAAUAAGGCUGCAGAGCUUGAAGAAUGGAUGGAUGUCUUUCAUGAUUUCUGAUAAACCUCCCCAUUGCCAAAUGUUCCUCCACUGCCCGCUUCAUAGACGAUCUCCCAUUUCUAAGCUGCUAGUUUGCCAAAAUAUUCUGGACAAGUCGCAGAAUUCAACAGAAAUGCAGAAGGAAGCAUGCAUAUGGAGCACAUUUAUGGAAAAUAGCUGCAUAUAUUUUAAUGGUGCUCAGAAUCCACCGUCAUAAUUCAUCUAAUUACUUUGGGAGAUUUCUGCUAUGAUCUUUAUUCAUGGCAUAUGAUUCCCCCCCCCCCCCCCGUUCUGAUGGAUGUAUUUACAAAAGCUUUGCAUGAACUCCCAGCAGUGUUUUUCCCCCAUCACAUUGUUGAUUCAGUAGGAUUUUCAUCGUAAAAUGUCUUGGGAGUAGGGAUGGGGAAACUGGGACCCCCAGAAAUUGUUAGAUUAAAUUACAGCUCCCAGGAUUUUUUAUCAGUGAUCAGUGGCUGCUGGAGCUGGUAGGAGACUUGAGUCCCAGCAAGAUGCAAAGAGUAAGGAUGGGGAAAUCUGAUAGUUCUGGUUCCUCUCACUUUUUCCCAGUCUUAGGUUCAGUUUUCCACAUUUCUACUUCAGUGUGUGAUUUUUUCUUUUUUAAUCAUCAGCAUUUUAGCGUGAAUUUCUCUUAGUAUGCACAAAAUUGCAUGCAAUUUCCCCUAAAACACACAGUUUUGCAGAGCAAUUUCCCCUAAUAUAGUGCAUCUUUAUGUACACUUUACCCCAGUAUAUAUAUAUGCAUUUUUGUACACAUUGCUUGGCUGGAGAACUGCGUUAUGAAAUUCGGAGAGUUUUUUCAUGUUCACUUUUCACUGAGUGACAAGCUUCCAAAAAACACCUGGCUUCUCCCAGACGGCUGUUUGAAAACCAGUGAUUUGAAACAAUGAAAAAGUGUUAGCAGAUUGUGGUUUUUUGAUAUGACAGGCAGGCUGUGCAAAGAACAACUGUCUCAUUUUGCUAACAGAAAAUGUGUUUCCCAAAGCAGCGUGAUCUGCUUUUAUGUUUUCUGGGAAACUACAGCAGUCCUGAAUAGAUAACUGAAAAUUAAAAUGAAAUAGCUAGUAACUUGCUAUUUUUGCUUCCAACCAUUCUAUAUGCAUUUCUUUUUUUGAUGAAUUACACUGGUGAUUGCUUCCUCCUUUUUUUGUCAGUGAAAUGAUUAUCCAAACUGAUGACACAAAAUAAAACUGCUUAUGGGUGUCUCUGGCUAUAGAAUUCUUGUAUCCCAACUUGUGGGGAGAAAUCUAGAGAAACAGCCAUGGCACAUGGGGCUGGAUUGCUUCCCCUCUCACUUAAAUGCUCAGCAUGCCAACAGGCGUGACUUGCAGCAUUCCAAGUCUUAUCAUCACACCCAUAAGGGCUAGAAACUUGUGAACAUGGUUUAAAACUGAAAAGCUGAGAUUCCCAGGAAUCUGGAUUUGUGCGCAUUGUUACAUCAGAUGCUCCCAUAAAACUGCGAGUUAGAUUCAGUCCUGCUUGGCAGAUCUUGAAAUGAACUGACCAUCCUGAGAACAAGCGAACUCAAAUUACCGUAUUUUUCGCUCUAUAAGAUGCACCAGACCACAAGACGCACCUAGUUUUUGGAGGAGGAAAACAAGAAAAAAAAUAUUCUGAAUCUCAGAAGCCAGAACAGCAAGAGGGAUCGCUGCGCAGUGAAAGCAGCAAUCCCUCUUGCUUUUCUGGCUUCUGGGAUAGCUGCGCAGCCUGCAUUCGCUCCAUAAGACGCACACACAUUUCCCCUUACUUUUUAGGAGGGAAAAAGUGAGUCUUAUAGAGCAAAAAAUACGGUAUUUAUUAUGUAUCUGUCUGACUCAUGCAUCAGAUUUUCAUUUGUGAAGCAGACCUCCUCCUCUCUCCUGCAGACCUUACCCUCAAAAUCUGCUUCGGAGGGUCAGGUGACCCUCUUCCUGAGGGUAGAGGAAGGGGCAAUUGCAUUGCGCGAGUGGAAUGCUUCUCACAUAGCAAUGGAUACAUGUUUCACAUGGCUGAAACAAGCCGAUCUAACCAAGACCCAGUAACACCUAGCUUCUUAUGCAGCAAUGUUCUUCAUCAUGUGAAGCAAUAAUGUUCUUCAUCACGUACAUAUGCUGAAGCCUUAAUCUGCACUCAGGGUGUUUGGAAAUCUGCACGGUGCUCAGUGCUGAAGAGGGGAGAAUUGUCACUUCAAAGGCAGAAUCCUAAGUUUCAGUGCCUAUAUAUAUAUAUAUUUUUCUACGUCUCUUUGUUUAUGCUGCUUCUCCCUCCCUAACAAUUGUUUCCUGCUUGCUCCAGGUGUGUGAGCAAAAUGCAUGAAGAAAUAAAAUGCCUUGCCAAGUUACCACAGGGAGAUGCCUCAUACAUUUAUGAAGCUGCUGUGUGUAUAUUCUCCUGCUUGUUUUGAAUGGUUGUUCUCUGCACUUCUCAGGGCUGAAGUCGUGUCCCUUUGGGGGCCUUUAUUAUUGUUAUUACUCAUUAUGGCCCUCUCCCUCCGCCAUUGCCUGGCAUGAAUGUGCGGGUAUCAGACCUUAUUUUCUGCUAGAUCGGGAGCAGGGGCUUAGGGACGGGCCAUAGCUCAGUGACAGAGCUAUGCAAGCAGGUUGGUCCCAGGUUCAAUCCCCUGGGUAGGGCUGGGAAAAGACUCCCGGAGAGAUGCUGCCAGUCAGUGUAGACAGUAUAGUGAUAGAUGAACCAAAGGGUCUUAGAAUAAGUUGUUUUUCCAAAGAUUCCUCCCACCCCUAAGCUCAGACAAGCAGAUAACCCUGACCUGCGAACUUUGAUGGGAAUCGGGCCUCAUCACACGCCCUGUUUGUGGCCUAUCACCUUGCUGUUCCUUUCUUUGGCCAGGUUCUGGGUUCAGGGCCUGCCGUGUGGGGCAAUACUGUUGGUUGAAACUGACCCCAGCCGCACAAAUCGCUCGCCUCCAACCAGCCAGGUGGAUUUUCCCACCCAACACCAUUCAGGUGUAUCAGUGGAAGCCUUUUCUAGGUUGGCCUACAAG